GCGUGUCGGAGUAAAAAUUCGGGAAUUCGUGAAAAUUCGCAUUUGUGAGGGUCGCGGGCUCCUAUCCUCCGGGCGUGUGUUUUUACCCCGCACCUUUCCGUUGUCCUUUACAUAAGGAUAAGCGGGCGAUAGAGGAAAGUAGAGAAAAGAAGAAGCAGAAUGUUUUGAGCAACAAAAACAACUUCAGUGUGUUGAAUGUGUGCCAAGUGCAAGGAGUUGUAAUUUAUAGUUGCCGAAAUUAAAUUAUGUUAAGUGCCCCAAAUCAGUAAAAGAAGGUGCAGUGAAAAGGAAGCGGCACGAAACAGCAAGCGUGGAAGAGGCAAACAUAAAGAGUUAGCGGAGCGCAAAAAGUGGAAAAAGAGUAUGUAGAAAAGUGAACGCAGAGCUAAAUAAGUUGCAAUGUGAAGAGCCCUGAAAGGACAAGUGCGAACCGAGGAACAGGACUUGUCGACGACUGGCAGGACCAGCUGCCACAGCAGCGAUUGACAGGACAAAAACAAAGCCCAACUAGCUGAGAGGACUUCCCGCUCGAGUGGCACGAGCAGCAAAAGUUUAGCGUUGUUUUUCCGUUCCAUGGCCCCCAGAAAACUGCAGCAGCAACGGGGCGCAAUGUUCUGGCCAACUACCGCAGUCGAAGAAUAGAAAAUCACUCGAAGGCCUUGCCCAAAUAAAAAGAGUAAAAAAACAAGUAGAGACGAAAAUAAACAAGAAAAAAAAAGGAUAACCACUGCGGUGCAGCAUAUGUGCUAUCGCUGUGCUUUUUUUCUGUGAUGCCACAAGGACACUUCAAGUGACAGCAACAUACGCGAGUUUUUCGUUCGUGGAGAGCCUUCCAACUAAGACGCAGCAGUAUGCGCAAACACAAAGCGCCGCCCAGCGGCAGUCCAAGGACAAUGGCCCAGGACAAUUCGCAAUCGGAGCCAUCGGGUGGCAACGGAGAAUCACCCGCAGCAACAGCAGCAGCGGCCGCAUCCGUGGAAGCCCCACAGCAGAGCCUGCUACUGGGCCACAAUGCAGCGGAUGCCUCCGCAGCAGCAGUAGCUAGUCGCCUGGCCCCGCCCCCCUGUCAGCAUCCCAUUAACAACAGCAACAACAACAGCAACAGCAGCAACAACAGCUGCAACAGCAGCAGCAGCAAGGAGCGACCUCGCCCCACAGUCCGGUUCAUAUCCCUGCUGCACGUGGCCAGCUACGUGCUGUGCCUGUGCGCCUUCAGCUUCGCCCUCUACGGCAAUGUGCGGCAGACGCGGCUGGAGCAACGGAUGCAGCGCCUCCAACAGCUGGACGCCCGCAUCGUGGAGCUGGAGCUGCGACUGGAGCAGCAGCAGCUGCUCCACUGGCCCGCCGAACAGACCCAGGUCCUGGCCAGCCAUCCCAGCGACAGAGACAGUGGCAACAGCAACAACGGCAGCCAGCACCUCGAGUUGCACGUGCGACGGGAGCUACACCGCCUGCGACGGGAUGUGUCGCAUCUGCAGCUCACGAGACGCCAGCAGCGACGCCAGGCAGCAGAGGCGGCGGCAGCAGCGGCCAGCGGAGAGGGAGGAUCUGGAGGUGGGCAGUGCCAGUGUCAGCCAGGUCCUCCAGGUCCGCCCGGUCCACCGGGAAAACGAGGGAAGCGCGGCAAGAAAGGAGAUAGCGGCGAGAAGGGCGAUCCGGGCCUGAAUGGCAUCAGUGGGGAGAAGGGCGCGGCGGGCAAGCCCGGAGACAAGGGCCAGAAGGGCGAUGUCGGCCACCCCGGCAUGGAUGUUUUCCAAACCGUGAAGGGUCUGAAGAGAUCGGUGACAACGCUGCAUGGCGGCACGCUGGGCUAUGCGGAGAUAGUUGCUGUUAAGGACUUGCAAGAAGCAGGCGUCAAUGUAUCCGCUUCCACAGUCAUACAGCUGAAGGGAGAGCCCGGUGAGCCGGGUCCGCCAGGACCUCCGGGCGAAGCGGGCCAGCCGGGUGUGCCGGGCGAGCGAGGACCACCAGGCGAAACCGGAGCGCAAGGACCGCAGGGCGAGGCCGGACAGCCAGGAGUCGCAGGACCGCCCGGCGUGGCCGGUGCACCUGGCACGAAGGGCGACAAGGGCGAUCGAGGCGAUCGUGGACUAACCACAACCAUCAAGGGUGACGAGUUCCCCACUGGCAUCAUCGAGGGUCCGCCGGGACCAGCGGGACCACCUGGUCCGCCUGGAGAACCGGGAGCUCGAGGAGAACCGGGACCCAUUGGACCAGCAGGACCUCCCGGCGAGAAAGGACCGCGCGGCAAGCGAGGCAAGCGGAUAUUCGGACCCGGAGGCACCAAAAUAGACGAAGACUACGAUGAUCCGCCGGUGACACUGUUGCGAGGUCCACCUGGACCGCCAGGAAUCGCUGGAAAGGAUGGACGCGAUGGACGGGACGGCAGUAAGGGAGAACCUGGUGAGCCAGGAGAGCCCGGAUCUUUGGGUCCACGAGGAUUGGACGGACUGCCCGGUGAGCCGGGCAUCGAAGGACCACCGGGACUGCCGGGAUACCAGGGUCCACCAGGAGAAAAGGGAGAUCGCGGUGAUAUUGGCCCACCUGGAUUGAUGGGUCCCCCGGGCUUACCAGGUCCUCCAGGUUACCCUGGCGUCAAGGGGGACAAGGGCGAUCGUGGUGACUCGUACCGCAAAAUGCGUCGUCGCCAGGAUGACGGGAUGUCCGAUGCCCCCCACAUGCCCACCAUCGAAUAUUUAUAUGGCCCCCCGGGACCUCCAGGACCGAUGGGUCCGCCAGGACACACCGGCAGUCAGGGAGAACGCGGCUUAGACGGUCGCAAGGGGGAUGCGGGUGAAAAGGGACACAAGGGAGAUCAGGGACCUAUGGGACUGCCGGGUCCGAUGGGCAUGAGAGGCGAGUCAGGACCUUCUGGGCCCUCUGGAAAGGCUGGCAUACCGGUGUGGGGCGACUACUAAUACUAGUUAAAAGGCAGUCCCUAUUAAAAAAUAUAACCAGCACUCAUUGCGCCAAAGUCGAAAUGAAAUGCGACUUGAAAUAAAACCAUUCGAAACUCACGCACACGCACACCCACACCAAAACACACUCAUACACUCACACACAAACGAACAGAAAGUCCUUAAGAUGAAAAACUCAAUUUAAUCAAAGCAAAACAAUGUUCAAAGUUAAGAGGCCGCGCAACGCUUGUCAAAUGUGCUCAGUUAACGUCUAUGCAUAGAUAUAUAUAAAUUUGUAUAUGACAGGCGUACUACUAUAUGUAUAUCAAUUUGUACAAAACGCACCCAUGUACAGAAAAUAAAAUUCGAAAUAGCAGCAUGUCAGUGCCGAGUAAGCAAAUCAAUUAGUUGCACAAGGCAAAGAACCGAAACCGAACGAGCCCCCUCCACUCAAGCCGCAUGAGAAAAAAAUUAAUAUUCAUAUCAUUUAAAAUGCCCCAAGAGUCAAAUAAGUAUUUAUGUAUACAAUCAAAUAGCGCAAACAAACGUGUGUCUACAGAAGCGUAUUUACAAACAUCAAUCAAUCGAAUCAACUAACACACACUUUGAACCCAAACCCACACUAGCAUGCACACUCACUCCCACUUACACUGCAACCAACACACACACACAUCAAACAGUUGUACAACAAGCCAACUAACAAAUAUGCAAUGCAAAUAUUUUAAUUGCAUUUCAUUCGCCGCCGUUCUAUGCGAAGCAAUUGCAGCAGGAGCAGGAAAGCCGCUUGAAAAUGCAUAAAUCAUACGCACCGUGGUACGUGAAAAUAUCAUGCGAUGGGAUGUAUUGAAUUUCAAGUGCUUCCCCGAGUGCAAAGCAAUAAUUUCUGGAUUAUUACGAAGCCAAGUCGCAAUCAUCGGCAAUUAGCCAUAAGUGACUUAAUUAUUUGCUUAAUCAGAUUAUUCUUAACAAUUGAACGGAAUGAGUACUUGCCACUUAUGCUGCGUCUGCUCCUGCUGCAUUUUGCAUUGUCUUAGGUGCCGUCCAUGGGCUAUGUCUGAAUAUUCGAAUAUAACUCGUUCAUACAAAGCAUUAUUGCCAAAGCUUCAAUGUGAAACACAAGGCUAAGGGCAGAUAAAUCCCAUAAGUGUGUGUUUAAAUAAGGAAUUGUGCUAAUUAAAGGUGUCGAAACAAAAGAAUUGUAAGAUAUUUUCAUUCAGAACUCUCUUGAUGUCUACAAUUAAUAAGUACAGGCACACCAAAUCCACAUAAAAGAGGUUUAUACAUACACGGCAACGUACUCUAAUAUCGAUAACAAAGAGCUAUCCAAACCAAUUGUGCAUAUUUUUCAGUGUUAAUGAAUACAACUUCAAUAAACAAGCAAAUGUGCAGAAACUAGUUAGUCGAAAGAUGAAUUCUAUAGUCGAUAGCUGAUGCUUUUCAAUUGAGAACCAAGCUUGAAGAAGCUUCGAAGCUUUAGAUUCUCUCCUGAAAUGCGAAAUAAAAAACAAUAAAUACAUAAUCUUACCACAAGUAUGUAUCCUAUUGGUUUCAUGGACAUCUCAAACAAUGUAACGCAAAACAAUUCUAUUUAUACAACAACAAAAAUGAAUGCAUAAAUUAAAAUUUACGAGUAACUGCAGCAUUUUCAAUUUCAACGCUCAAACUAGGCAAAGGACGAAUAAAACGCCCUGAAAAUCAAACAUAAUCAAUGCAAAUGAAAUAAUGCCAUGGAAAUAUGAUAAUAAAAGUAUAUAUACGAGUAUAUAUACUGCCAUUUGACGGCCUCAGCCCUGCAUAUUUUCGCAUAAAUGUUGAAUGCGAAUUAUCGAAUAUGAAAAUGGCAAAUGGAAAUGUUUGCAGCUUUAAUGUUUACUCAAACGGCAAACGGCAUCGAAAAUCAGAAAGAAUAUGUCAAUUUGUUUUCAAUUAGAUGUGUCUCGUUGUUGUAAUAAUCCCAAAUGGAAAACAAAAUACACAGGCAAAUUGCAUGUCAAUUUUCAUUUAAUCCACUAAAUGUCAAACAACCCCAAAUGUGUACAUAAGCGGUAACGGUAAAGAACGUAACUUAAUCGUAAUUAAUUAAUAAUUUUUUCUAUCCCUUUUGACCUCUCAACGUGUUUACUUGCAUCUAGCUCUCUCUUUAUAUAGAUACUUGACAUCUGUACUAUCUCUAGAUUCUCUCACUUAAUAACUACGAACUCAACUUUCUCGAUCAAUAGGCUAGAAUAAUGAAUUGUGUUUUUGCGAUUAAAACCUAACAUUAACUCAAUAAAUAUCUAUAUCGUAUAUGGGUAGACGAACGAAAGGUUAAACCCCAAAUAAGCCGCUAAUUUUAAGUGUACAUUUGUUAAUUACCCAAUAAACAUGAGGAGUUUGCAAACGAACAAAAAAUAUACAAAUAAAUAUAUAUUUACGUGUAUUUAUGUCUAUAUUCAUGCAUAUACCAAAAUGUCGAUGUUCGAGUGCAUUAUCCCAGAACAAACACAAAAUGAAAUAUUUUUAUCCGUGCUGCUGCAUUUCAAAUGUAUGAUUCGAAUAAAAUUGAAACGAAUGUGAAUUCUGGCAUGUGCGAACGUUCGAUGGAAUGACUAGAAUGACCGAAUUGUAAAAUGGCUAAACGAAACUAACAUAAUUUUCGAAUUAAUUAUGCAUUUCCAAUAAAGUGAUGGUUUUUUACUAAAA